AUGUUCGACGCAGCAUGCUUGAAACCUCAAAUAGUGCAACAUAAACUCGAGAGUAACGUCAGUCGGUUAUUGGACCAAUUGAUCGCCAGUCAUGAUCGUCGAAUACGACCCAACUAUGGCGGCCCACCAAUCGAAGUGAACGUUACGGCACAUAUAACAACAAUUAGUGCCAUUUCAGAGGUUUCAAUGGAUUACACGCUUGAUUUGUAUUUGCGACAGUUUUGGCAAGACACAAGGUUGGCGUUCAGAAGUGAUGAUGAGUCGUCGUUGACAAUAGGCAUCGAUAUGGUAAAGAGCAUCUGGACACCGGAUACGUUCUUUCCCAAUGAGAAGAAGUCGUUCUUUCACGAAGCAACCUCACACAACUCCUUUCUUCGUAUCGAUAACAAAGGCAAUGUUCUAAGAAGCAUCAGAUUAACGGUCACGGCGAAUUGCCCGAUGAAUCUACAUACGUUCCCAUUGGAUGUUCAAGUGUGUGCCCUCGAAAUUGAGAGUUAUGGCUACAGCACCAAGGAUAUCAUCUAUCACUGGCAUCAAGGUGUCAGUUCGGUGACCAUUGACGAAAACGUACACCUGGCUCACUUCACUAUCGGUGGACAUUCACACGUUGAGCGCGUUAUUUCACUUAGCACUGGCAACUAUUCACGUCUUUCAACAUACUUCACAUUUAAACGCAACAUUGGUUUCUAUUUGAUUCAAAUAUAUUUUCCGUCCUCGUUGAUCGUUGUCAUCUCGUGGGUUUCGUUCUGGCUUAAUCGUGAGGCUACACAAGCCAGGGUUGCGAUCGGAGUGACCACCGUACUCACGAUGACCACACUUAUGACCUCAACAAAUGCCUCGUUACCUAAGGUCUCUUAUGUGAAAAGUCUUGACAUAUUUCUUGGCGUUUGCUUUUUCAUUGUGUUCGCAUCAUUGUUGGAGUACGCUGCGAUUGGGUACUUGAUGAAACGUUCGCGUGGUUAUAUAAGACGAAUGAAGCAACAGCCGUCGUGCUACUACGAGUUAGAGGAGCAGUCUCCUCCGGUCCGCUCCAGGGCUGUCACGGUCAGAAAGAAGCGACGGAAACGUGACACCAUACUUCAGGUAGAUUUUUCAGCUUCUGAAAUUUUUAGCCAUGUUCUACAAAUGGAUCAUAUUCCUAAAGUUUCAUUUUGUUCUUGCAGUGUAAAAAUCAGAGAACCCAAAAAUGUUCCAAUCAAAUGA